CUGCUGGUUAAGUCUGAGAAGCGGGAUUGUUAUUACGCCGCGGCGCCUUGAACCAAAUAAAGCUACUACCGGCGCGAUAGGUUAUGGCUGGAACCCCCGCAUUUAUGCCAGUGUUUUUAUGUUGUACGUGUAGAAAACAAAAACGAACAAAUAUGUGACUGCUCCUCUCGGUAAAUUAACUAAACAGAGGUGAUUGUUCACCUGAGAGCAUGCAGCUAGCCGGAGCUCAGGACAACCUUUUCGUAUACCGACAGCGCUACGUUUCUGCAUCAUGAGCCAAAGAGCCAACAAAGACAAACUCAGGCGAAGUGUAUCAUUGUCCAAGCGGAAGAAGAAGGGUGAUGUCACAGCUGGGACUUCUGCCAGUGUUGCCAACCCAUCUCCAAUCACCUCGUUCUUCAGCAGCCAGCCUCCAUCUAAGCUGGCCUGCCCCCUGUGUGGUCAGUUGGUACCGAGAUUCAGGAUCAAUGAGCACAUCGAUCUGCAAUGUCAGAACUUUGAGAGAGAAGACAGCAGUGCCGCCUCAGCAAGUCCAGCUGUCCAGCUGUCACCUGGAAGGAGUUCUCCAAAGUCCCCAGAGCUGGAUCGAAAUAAAGAAGCAGAGGUUAAUGCAACUAAGACCAGCCCUUAUUUCGAAAAGAACAACUUUCUGCAGGAACAGCAGGAGAUAAAAAGUAAGACUGUGGUCAGGACGAUUGACCUGGGCAGCCUCUCCUCCAAGUUGUCAAAAAGAUGUCGUAAGGUACCGGAGACGACACUGUUAAAUGAUAAGCCAGCACCAGUAUAUGCUGACAUGGAGGGAGAUCCUCCGGACACACUGAGCAGCUCACAGAAAGAAAAUGUUCUGAUUCAGAGUUCACAAGACACCAAAGAGUGUGUGACUGUUAUUGAUUUGACAACAGCCAGAGGGGAAAUGCCAGCAACCACUGCACAAAAAGAACCUAAUCUAGAGCACAAAAUGUCUAAAUCAGACUCAACCCAAAAUGCAAGUAACCCGAGGCCCUCGUCGUCCUCCAAACUUGCAAAACGGAAAAAGGAAACUACUUUUGCUUGGAAAAUAUCUGUCAGAAAGAAAGCAAAGUGUGAUGAAACCAGAAGAGAACCAGAAGGCUUGCAGUCUACUGAUAGUACAGCAGAGACAAGUGAUUCAGACCAGCAUAAAACUGGGGUUGCUUCUAGUCCUUGUGAUGUCCCCGUGAGUGCAGAGGAGGUAUGUGAGAAAAGUGCUACAGUCAUGAAGAGCGAGUCGCUUCCAGGGCCGGAUGCUGAGCAAGCCACCAGCAGUCAGCCUGUCAGAACCUCUCACACCCCACGGCUUCCUUAUUACCUGCAGAAUUUUCGGACCGUUUUACAGGCUGUGCUUGACAAUGAGGAUGAUAAAGCUCUGUUCAACCAGGAUGACAUGUCCCUUGUACAUGCAUUUGAGAAGCUGUCAGUCUUAGGGCAGAAACUGUAUGUGAGGCUCUUUCAGAGGAAGCUGAAGUGGCUUCAGGUAAACAAACUGGACUAUGAAGAGAUCUGCGCUGAUCUAGGGCCUGUUGCUCUGGAGCUGGUUCAGAGCGGCUUUCUACAGACAGAGAAUGAUCUCGAGGACCUAGAGGAGGCUCUGGAUCUUCUGCCUGCUCCUGAUCUUAAAGCUCUGGCCAAGACCUUCCAUUUGGGAAAUUCUGGGACUCAGAAACAGCAGCUGGUGGAUGGGCUCCUUCGUCUUAGCAGGCAAAAGUCCCUGUUCUCUCUGACCCCUGGUCAAAAUAACAUUAGGACUGUCAUCCUAAAAAGGGCAAAGCAGCUAGCAGGGUCCUGUGUCCGUCUGUGUCGUGGUCCUCGGGUGGUUUUUUCGCGCAUCCUUUUGCUGUUUUCUCUUACGGACACCAUGGAUGAGGAGGAGAUGGCUGCUGGUGGGCAGAGCCAGCUUUAUACCAUCCUGCUAGUCAACUCUGGACGUCUUGCCUUUCCAAACUACACAGUGAACCGUGUGGCCAAGGUGUUCCAGGACAGAGAGGACUUGAUCAGAUAUGAAGCAUCCAUGCGAGCUCUGCAAGAGUUAAUCUCAGCUAUGCAAGCAGGUCAGUGGGAAGAUGCUCUGGAGCUUUACACUGCUGCCAAAAGUACCUGGCAAGAGUUGAAGAAAGACCUUGACCUCAGUCACCAGGAGGCGCUGCCUGUGUUCCUGCGCAGCUUUACUACAGGAUGGGCUUACACUCGUAUCCUAUCCAGAGGGGUGGAGAUCUUACAGAGACUACGUCAAUAUGAGGAAGCAGUCGGGGAACUGCAGUCAUUGCUGUCGCAGUCUGUUUACUGUCCUGACAGUCGAGGCAGAUGGUGGGACCGACUGGCAUUAAACCUUCACCAGCACCUCAAAAAACCUGAGCAAGCUAUCUGCGCAAUCAGAGAUGGGCUGUCAGACACUCUGGUUCGAACUGGGCACAAACUCUCUCUGUAUCAGAGAGCUGUUAGGAUGAAGGAGUCUGCCAGCUUCAAGAAGUAUCGUCCUCGUCUCAAAGACUUGCCCAGUUUUCACAUCCAGGAUGUAAAACAUGUGACAAUACGAGGACAGCUGUUUCCUCAUGAGGGAGGAAUGGGAAAAUCACGGUUUCUUUUACCAGCCAGUGGAACGGGGAAGGAGGGUGCACAGUCUACAGUAAUAUGCUCUGUGGAAGAACUGUCUUUAGCACAUUACCGACAACAAGGUUUUGACCAAGGGAUCCAUGGCGAGGGAUCGACAUUCUCUACACUGUUUGCUCUUUUACUCUGGGACAUCAUUUUUAUGGAGAGUAUCCCUGAUGUUUUUCGAAAUCCAUAUCAGACAUGUCCUCUGGACUUUUACACUGACUGCUUCUAUGAGAACAGAAAAGAGGCGAUUGAGUCUCGUGUUCAGUUACUUAGUGAUGCAUCUGUGGAAACACUACAUAGUUUGAUGGAGGAUGUAUGGGCCUCUCAGGAGGGUAGAGUGUGCUCACUGGUAAACUGGGAACUUUUCACGUCCCUUCAACAGGCAAAGUCUCUUGUGUCAUGCAUGGGUGGAGCCUUCUUAGGAGGAGUAAUAGCCCGAAUGUCAAAAGACUUCAGACACUGUCGUGCAGGUCUGCCUGAUCUUGUGGUGUGGAACACCUCAAACAACACCUACAAGCUGGUGGAGGUGAAGGGGCCUAAUGACCGGCUGUCCCAGAAGCAACAGAUCUGGCUGGACGAGCUGCAAAAGCUGGGUGCUGAUGUGGAGGUGUGUCACGUGGCAGCUACCGGAGCAAGAGGAGCUCGUCUUGAAUAAACGUAUAUUGAAAAACUGUCCAACAAGACCUUGCUGGUAAUUAAUUAAUAGGUGUGAUGGUAAUAAUGGAACCAUCAACAAAGUAUUAAGGAAAAAUAUUUAGGUCCUACAUUUGAUUCUGCUUGUCUGAUUAGGUGUGAAUUAUUAUGUGAUAAAGUGAAUGACGUAGCAAUAAUGUCAAGGAACCCUCUGUCUUCGAGAGUAAGAGGUAAAUCGUGAGAUGAUCGUCAGUGAGAGCGGCCAAGAUUCAGAAAUAGCAGAACGAAGCUGAAGCACGACAGGAAUCGCAUCCAAGAACCUUGCAAAACUGGUGUUUCCUUUUCUUUGGUAACACUGUAUUCUCAGGAUCAUCAGUUGCCAAGCAACAAGUCUCACGUUUUUUUGUCUGUAAAUUGCAUGACAGCUCUACGAGUUUGUUAUGCAAGUGUUUACUGUAACAAUGUACCUAUAAAUAUGCAUGUUGCCACUACUGUACCAGGAGAAACAUGUGUUGGACCUCACCAUCAUCCUCAUUGUCAAACAAACAAUAUUUCUUUUAAUGUUCAUCACUUUAUGUUUUGGAAAAUUAUUAAUUUACCAUAAUAAAUUAUUUACCAUAAAAAUGUAUGGUAAUAUUUUACAAAUAUUGUUUAAGACUUCUUUUAAUUGGCCUCAUUGGGUGUCCUAUAAAUUUUACUUGGUCUUUGACAAACUGAGCACCUAUAAUCACAUUUGAAAGCACCCGUACAGGUAUGUAUAGGUUAAAUUAAAAAAGCUAUUCAGUCAAUGUUAAAUGAACAAACAAUAUUUUGUAUUUUCAUCUAAACUGUUGGGAAGUCGAAGGCAUAAACUGGAUUUUGUCAUGUGCCUACUGUAGGUAGAUGCUUUUUUUAAAGGCACCUUUACAACCAGUUGUCCAGAUUCCACUGCCUGCCUUAUAUUUUCCACCUUAAAAUCCUAAACUUUCAGAUGACAUUUGGGGAUGUUUUUCAGUUCAGAUAAUAUCUUCUGAAGAAAUAGGCCAAUAAAUAGCUCAUUUAAACCACUGUAAACUGAACUUUGAACUGAAGUAUACAAGAACAAAGUGUUCUUCAUACAUUCACCAGGGAAAUAAAAUUGACAUUGAUAAUGUUUGUUUAUUACGUGUCCAAACAAGCAGCAAUAUGUU